UGCUUGUUCAGGAGUGAUGCAAGUGCUGCGGGUAUACAGGACGGUGAUGAGAGCCGACGCCAAGCAGGUUCAGCCCACCGAAUGCAAUACCAACCGAUCUUACUAGAAGGACUCUGUUUGGGGAGAUUAUUCGGCCAAAAAAACAGGGCAGCCGUUUGCUUCGUCGGUGUGGCUGAGACUGUCGUAUCUAACUGCUGGGUCGACGGCCGAAGACUUUGUUCUGCAACCUGAUAUUAUGCAUAGUGCGGAGGGGACAAUAUCGGGACACGCUUGGAACAAAGCAUUGGUUCUGAAAACAGUCGCCGACUGGGAAGCCAGCCAUGGUUGACCCGUCAGGAGCAGAGGAGCAGGGCAAAGGCAAAGGCCCGGGGUUCGAGACGCCCAGCGCGGCCUCAGAAGCGCCGUGCAUACCCGAGCAGAAUGGGAGCGAGGGCGCGGGGGCCGUGGUGGAGGAGGAGGAGGAGGAGGGGGCCGGGGAGAGCGGCCUGGGCGCCUCUCCGUCCCCGCAACCCUCGCCGCCCGUCCAAGGGCCGCCGCCGCCCCCACAGGGCCAACCCCCGCAGGGCCGGGAGCGCGAGCAGUCCCCCAAACUGCACCUGGACCUGUACAACUUCGACUCGCCGGCGGCGGAGGGCAGCCGCUACGUGCUGACCAGCCCCCGCUCGCUGGAGGCCUGCGCCCGCUGCGGGGUGAAGCCCGUGGAGCUGCUGCCCCGCCCGCUGGCCGACUUCGCCCGCGAGGCGCCCGGCCGCUCCAUGCGCGUGGCCACCGGGCUGUUCGAGGUGUACGAGCGCGACCGGCACGCCAAGCUCAGGCAGUGCCGCGAGGAGCGGGAGAAGAUCGUCAAGGAGGAGAAGAGGCUGAUUAUGAAUUUAACCGCCGGCGGCGGUGGUGGUGGUGGUGGUGGUGGCACCUCAGCCAGUCCUCCGGAAGGUUCCCCAGGGUUGGCCGGCUCUGGCCAGGCCUCGAAAUCUGGCCUCGGUGACCCAGGACAACCAUCUAAAAACAUCCCGAAAAGCUCAGGUCAGCCUCCUGCAGCAGUCGCCGUGAGCUCGGCUGCAUCCGCGAAGCCCGCCGUCAGCAGUAACGGCAAAGUAGCAGCGCUCCCCGUGACGUCUGAGCCGCAGUCGAAAACUCUGCCCCCGUCCCUGUCCUCCUCAGCCGCCUCAAUGUCAAAGAGCCCCACCGUCAAACCUGUCCCGGGACAUUCGGCCACCAGGGGCUCCAAAUCCGCCAACACGUUCCCCAGGUCGACCCCAAAGCCGGUCUCCAGGGCUCCGAACGCCACGGUUGCCGGCACGACCUCGUCGUCGGCCGCCAACGGCCUCUCGGCCGCCGCACUCGCUCACACCAACGGCCUCCCAUCCUGCCGGGCCAGGAAACGGGGGAAGAGCCACUCCCUGGAGUCCCUGCAGAGGAGGCGACACACCACCUGCUCCUCCACCACCACCACCACCACCACCACCACCUGCACCUCCUCGGAGUCGGGCGCCUCCUCCUCCUACAGCUGGGAGGGCCCGCGGGAGCACGAGCGCUGGGCCAAGGCCUCCAGCCCCCGCACCCGCACCGUGGCGGCCUUCAACUCCCUGAUGGGCCGCAGCCUGAGCCUGGGCGACCUCAGCCACUCGCUGCAGACCACGCAGAAGGUGGAGCGCAUCGUCAAGGAGGUGAAGCGCCGGGGCCUGAAGUCGGUGUCGGAGCGCGACCGCAAGAUCGCGGCGCUGAUGCUGGCCAAGCACCAGGAGGAGGACAUCAUGAGCCAGACGCGCUACGUGGCGCACCUGCAGUGGGACAGCGAGCGGCGUCUGGAGGAGCUCCGGCGGGAGCGGGAGGAGCGGGAGAAGCAGCGCGGCCUGCAGCACUGCCAGCGGGCGUGGCACUCGCAGGUGUCCAGCCGCCAGCGCCGCCUCACCCAGCAGGAGCGGCAGGCGGCCGCCGCCAAGCUGCGGCAGGCGGAGGAGAGCGAGGGCCGCUGGCGGGAGCUGGCGGAGCAGCAGGAGCGCGGCAGGCAGCAGAAGCUGCGCCAGGCGGCCCAGGAGGAGCGGCAGCGGAAGCAGCUGCAGGAGCAGAACCUGCGGGCGCUGGAGGACGAGCGGGCGGCCGUGCUGGACCAGGAGCAGCAGCUGCUGCGGGAGAAGCUCUCCAUGGCCGAGCUGAAGAAGCAGGAGCGCGAGCACCAGGGCCAGGAGGAGCGGCGCGGCCUCAACCGGGCGGAGAAGCGGCGGCACGCCGCCCUGCUGAAGGAGAUCGCCCGCCGCGAGGAGGAGGAGCGGCAGGCGGCCCGCCGGUCCAUGGAGGAGAAGCUGAGCCGCUCCUCGGAGAACUACGAGCAGAUCGUGGAGCGGCGCGAGAGGGAGCAGCGGGAGAAGGCGCGCCGCGAGGAGCAGCAGAUCCAGAAGGCGCGGCGGGCGGCCGAGAGGCGGGAGCGGCAGCAGCAGGAGCAGGUGGAGGCGCGGGCGCGGGAGGCGGAGCGCCGGGCGCUGCAGGCGGCCCAGGUGGCCGAGGAGAAGGCCAAGGAGAAGGCCCAGCGGGCGGUGCAGAGCAGGCAGGAGAAGGAGCGGCUCCAGCGGCUGAACCGCCAGCGGGUGGAGGAGGAGGAGCAGCAGCGACGGGCGGAGCUGCUGCAGUCCAUCGAGCGCAAGCUGGAGAAGAGCGAGCAGAUCUUCCGGGAGAAGAGGGCGGUGCUGGAGAGCGCCCGGUCGGUGGCGCGCGCCUCCUUCCACGUGCGGGACCGCGUGCGCGAGGAGACCAAUGUGCGCACCUUCGACAAGAUGGCCCUGGAGGCCCAGCUGAAGGCCAGCCUGGACGAGAAGUAGUUUCCCCCCCCUCCAUCCCCCCCCCCCGGGAAGCCUACUGCUCCCAGACUCCCCCUGCUGGGCAUGGCCGUUACUGCGGCCCGCUCCGUUUCGGCCACGCCUUCACGCUACGGCUGGUUUCCUCGUCUCUCGUAGGAUUACAUUUCAUAUCGAGACACUUGUUCCCCCCCACCCUCGUGAUCACCUCCAUCUUAAGCCUUUAGACUGCCAUUCCAUCGAUACUAUCUGGGAGUGUUUGGCUUCAACGUGACUGCGUCCAUCAUGAAGCCAACCGGACCAUUUCAGGAAAACGAGAGUGAGGGGGAGGGUUCUCCUGCUGACGAGGGGUUUUUUGUAUGUGUGUGCGUCGUCCCUCUCUCUCUGCGGGGUUUCUAUUCUGACGGAUAGUUUGGAGGAGCUGAACUUGGCACGCUGAAGACGAACGCACAGUUGACGAGGCAGAGCUGGCGACAAGCCUUGGGGUUUUUCUUUCUUUCUUUUUUUUCCCAUUUGUAAACGUGGGAGGACUUCAGUGGCAUCAUUUCAGUACUGCGACCCCGGCCAUCGCCACCAAAGCCAGUCUGCUUCACACAGAAAAAGCGUCUUUGUCAACCAGGAAGCUGGGCUCCAUGACAACUGCACUUGGCUUUUCUUUAAAUGUAAAAAAAAAAAAAAGGAAAAGAAAAAGAAAAUGGCUGAUUGUUUAUAAGCCAACGGACAGAGCGGGUCUAUCUGUGCAUAAGGGCCCCCGAAGACGCAGUUAGAGAGCUGGUUUUCGCUCGUCAGAAACGUGCUGACAGUGCAGGACUGACAUCAGCAGAACACCCCGAAUUCAGUGCACCGCCACCACCGCCGCUAAUGAACCUCUGCU